AUGAGAUGCGGUGACAACGUCAUCAGAAAUGAGAAGACUCACGGUGAUCGGGCGGCUCCUUCCUCCCGGUCCACGCGACACGAGUGGGUCUCUCCGAUGCCUCCCGAUGAAGAUGAGGAGGACGACGAGGCGGAUGAUGCGCGUGCCAGACGGGGGAGAAGAAACACGCACAGCUGCACGCGCCUGAAGGAGGGAGGGAGGGUCAUCAACUUUCAGCAGGGGGUUACAUUUUGGCACAGCAUGGAGACACGUCCAUUUCGGGGUGGCGGCGAGAGGGCGGAUUUCAUCCAGCAGACAGAGCGACGUGACCGGGCUGCUCUGGACGUGGAGUCCCAGAUCCUCCAGGAGAUCAGGAACCGCACCAUCAGGACCAUGUGCAGCCAGAACAUGUCCAACGAUUUAUGGUCCCUGGCGCCCCUGCAGAGGAAGACCUUGCUGCAGCACGUGCUGGUGAACGACAAGUACGGCUUCCUCUACUGCUACGUCCCCAAGGUGGCCUGCUCCAACUGGAAAAGGGUCCUUAAGGUCCUAAACGGGGCGCUGGAGAGCGUGGACGUCAAAGGGAAGAUGGACCACCUACAUGACCUCGUCUUUUUGGCCUCCAUGAAACCAGAGGAGAUUCGUUACCGCCUCAAGCACUACUUCAAGUUCAUGUUUGUGCGAGAUCCCAUGGAGCGCCUGCUGUCCGCAUACAGGAACAAGUUCGGAGAGAUGGAGUCCUACCAAAAAAAAUAUGGCGUCGAGAUCAUCAAGCGUUACAGGAAGGGCCGCCCGCUUGAUAACUCGCUGAUAACCGGAGAUGACGUCACGUUUGCAGAGUUUCUCCAGUACCUGCUGGAUGAGGAUGUGGAGCACAUGAACGAGCACUGGAUGCCAAUGUACAACCUAUGCCAGCCUUGCGCGCUCACCUACGACUUCAUCGGCUCGUACGAACACCUAGAAAUGGAUGCCGAGUUUGUGCUCCAGCAAAUCAGGGCUCCAGCGCACGUGCGCUUUCCAGAGAGACAGUCGUGGUACAAGCCCGUCACCCCAGAGACGAUACAGUAUUACCUGUGCAGCCUUCCACAGAAGCUGCUGAGGGAACUCCUGCCAAAGUACAUCCUAGACUUCUCCCUCUUCACGUAUGCCCUCCCAAACAUAAACACUCAGUAUUGCCGGCAUUAA